AUGAAGACCCUGACUGCUCUACUCCUCCUGGGACUGCUCUGCUCCCUCCAUACCACGUCUGCAGGUGUGUGUGUGUGUGUGUGUGUGUGUGUGUGUGUGUGUGUGUGUGUGUGUGUGUGUGUGUGUGUGUGUGUGUGUGUGUGUAUACAGUGUGUGUAUGUACAGUGUGUAUAUGAGUGUAUAGGAAGAAGCACCAUGUGUUGACCAGUGAGUGUGAUCGUCCUUUGUUUCCAGCUGUCAUGGGGAUUGAAGCAAUAACUGCCAGAAAUUGCUGUGUGAAGUUCCACCCCAGGAGGCUCCCUCUUGAUGCAAUGGUGUCAGUUUAUAAGACCUCUAGUAGCUGCCCUCGCAAAGCACUGGUGUAAGUUAACCACAAUGCACACACACACACACACACACACACACACACACACACACACACAGAUUUCUAAAGGCAUAACAUGUUCUAUACCGUUUGUGGACGGGUCCAAAUCUGUUGCUAGGGAUGCAUGGUUACAACCUCCGAUACAUAGAGACCCUUUACUUCACUGUACUGUAGUGGUGAUAGCGUAGGAUCACUAAGGCUGUCAGAGUUCAUCAGUUAACUAAAGGUCACUUUCUGUCAUUUUACUGCACUAUUGUUAUUUAAUUGUGAUUAAUCGCAUUGUCUGAAAGCAUUCCAAAUAUACGGAAAACAUUAAAAAUAUAUCAUCUAUAGAGCUAAAAGGACAAUGAGAUGUCAAAACAAGUUGACGUUGAGGUUAUUAAAGAAUGUGUGUUUUAUCAAUUUACCAGAAUUUGCUAACAGUUACUUUGGAAAAAAUCAAGACGUCAAUGUUCUUGUAAUGAUUUUUGUAUUUAAAAAAAUCUUAAAUUACAGCUCCAUUUGAGCAAAUUCUGAAUCUGGAACCAGGCUACAUCUAGGCUACACUGUACUAGACCAGAUGGAGCAUUCAUAUUAUAGACUGGAUGUCAUGAGUGACAAUGUGUUGUGACUCUGUUGCAGUUUCACCACAAAGAAAGGGAAGACAUUUUGUGUUGACCCUUCUGAAGCCUGGGUCCAGAGUCAUGUGACCAAGAUUGAGAGCAGAUCGACCACUGCCAAGACGACGAUGAUGUCAUCAACCACCGCCACCACCAGCUAA